AAGCACCAAGCCGUGGCUCUCCGAGUGGGUUCUGAUUUCUCAGCCUUCUACAAUUGUGACAUGUUAGCUUACCAAGACACUCUCUACGUCCACUCUAACCGUCAGUUCUUCGUCAAGUGUCUCAUCGCCGGAACCGUUGACUUCAUCUUCGGAAACGCGGCCGUCGUGCUUCAAGACUGUGACAUCCACGCUCGCCGCCCUAACUCCGGCCAGAAAAACAUGGUCACGGCUCAGGGACGUACGGAUCCGAACCAGAACACAGGGAUCGUUAUCCAGAAGUGUAGGAUCGGUGCCACGUCGGAUUUAUUGCCGGUGAAAGGUAGUUUCCCGACGUAUCUUGGUCGCCCGUGGAAGGAGUACUCGCAAACGGUGGUAAUGCAGUCGGCUAUCUCAGACGUGAUCCGACCGGAAGGGUGGUCCGAGUGGACCGGUACAUUUGCGUUGAACACUCUGACUUAUAGAGAGUAUGCGAACACAGGAGCAGGGGCAGGAACUGCAAACAGAGUGAAGUGGAGAGGCUUUAAGGUGAUUACGGCUGCUGCUGAGGCUCAAAAAUAU